AAACUGCAAUCCAACAUAGCGCUUUCAGUUACAGUACUACUACUCUUACUGAAUCUCCAUUUUCCCCCCUUUCUCUUUCUCUGUAUCACAAGAGUGUUCUACAAAAACUCAAACUCACUUUCUCUCUCCUCUUUCGUCGCUUCCUCUCUCUUCGUCGCCGAAAUUUGCAGAAAAAAGCGUAGAAAUCGAAGAUGUCACUACGAGUUCUAAACCCUAAUGCAGAAGUGCUUAACAAAUCGGAAGCACUUCGUAUGAACAUCAACGCCGCUAAAGGUUUACAGGAUGUUCUUAAGAGUAAUCUUGGCCCUAAAGGCACUAUUAAGAUGCUUGUUGGUGGUGCUGGUGAUAUUAAGCUUACUAAAGAUGGUAAUACUCUUUUGAGAGAAAUGCAAAUUCAAAAUCCGACGGCAAUAAUGAUAGCAAGGACAGCUGUCGCGCAAGAUGAUAUUAGUGGAGAUGGGACAACUUCCACAGUGAUCUUUAUUGGAGAGCUCAUGAAGCAAUCAGAUCGUUACAUUGCUGAAGGAAUGCAUCCACGUGUUUUGGUUGAUGGCUUUGAGAUUGCAAAAAGAGCUACUCUCCAGUUUCUAGAAAAGUUUAAAACUCCUGUUGUAAUGGGUGAUGAACCUGAUAAAGAAAUUCUUAAAAUGGUAGCGAGAACGACCGUUAGAACCAAGCUACAUGAAGCUCUAGCAGAUCAGUUGACGGAGAUAGUUGUAAAUGCGGUGCUUUGCGUCCGCAAGCCAGAAGAACCAAUUGACCUUUUUAUGGUGGAGAUCAUGCACAUGCGCCAUAAGUUUGACGUUGACACAAGAUUGGUUGAGGGUCUUGUCCUUGAUCACGGCUCCAGGCAUCCUGAUAUGAAGCGAAGAGCAGAGAAUUGUUACAUAUUGACUUGUAAUGUAUCUCUGGAGUAUGAGAAAAGUGAAAUAAACGCUGGCUUCUUCUACUCAAAUGCGGAGCAGAGAGAGGCUAUGGUUUCUGCUGAGAGGCGCUCUGUUGAUGAGAGAGUGAGGAAAAUCAUUGAACUGAAGAAUAAGGUUUGUGCAGGUACUGAGAAUAACUUUGUGGUCAUUAACCAAAAAGGAAUUGACCCCCCUUCACUGGAUAUGCUGGCAAGGGAAGGAAUAAUUGCCCUUCGGAGAGCAAAGAGAAGGAACAUGGAAAGAUUGAUCUUGGCUUGUGGAGGAGAUGCUGUUAAUUCUGUUGAUGAUAUGACACCCGAUGUCCUUGGAUGGGCUGGAUUGGUGUAUGAACAUGUCCUUGGAGAAGAGAAGUACACAUUUGUGGAAAAUGUUAGGAACCCUCAUUCCUGUACAAUUCUUAUAAAAGGUCCCAAUGACCAUACAAUUGCCCAGAUAAAGGAUGCUGUUCGUGAUGGUCUCAGAGGAGUUAAAAACACUCUUGAAGAUGAAGCAGUUGUAUUGGGAGCUGGAGCUUUUGAGGUAGCAGCAAGGCAAUACCUAGUUAAUGAAGUGAUGAAAACUGUACAAGGGCGUGCACAACUUGGUGUGGAAGCAUUUGCUGAUGCUCUCCUGGUGAUCCCCAAGACCCUUGCUGAAAAUGCUGGCCUUGACACUCAAGAUGUGAUCAUUUCCCUUAAGGGAGAGCAUGACCGAGGAAAUGUUGUGGGAAUGAAUCAGCACACUGGGGAGCCAAUUGAUCCUCAGAUGGAGGGUAUAUUUGAUAAUUAUUCUGUUAAGCGCCAGAUUAUUAACUCAGGGCCUGUCAUUGCAUCUCAGUUGCUGCUUGUCGAUGAAGUAAUUCGUGCUGGGCGUAACAUGAGGAAACCCAAUUAGUUUGCACUACUGGGAUCUGAAGAGAGAAUAUUUAGAAUUUUUUUCCAAGUUUUGGAGUAGUUCUUGGCUUUUUGUAUGACAACCGCAAGAUUUGUGUGGAAUUUUGUAUUUAGCCGAGGAGACUAAGUAGGGUAAUGUUAAUGUAAGAUCUGCGAGGGAAAUGAACCAACAGGGUUUACCUGUUUUUACAGGCAUCAUGCCUUUUGUGUUUCA